AGUGAACGGCAAGCUUGUGAGGCCCCUUGGUGAAAGAAGUGUGGAAACGGAAAACUGAUAGCAGCGAACUAUUGUAAUAAUUUCAUCGCUGUCCAUUGCAUAGCUUCGAGACAGUUAAAUGCAGGAGCUUUUCACGAUUGAAGACAGGAAACCGGUAAUGAGAGAGCGUCAAAAUAAAUGCUCCUGGCCCAAGCUCUCAGAUGGAGACAAUGAGGCUCUGAGGACUAAGACAACACUCUGAAAGGACCAAAGAGGCGCCCCCAGGUGGCAAGACCCUGCCUCUGCCAGACACCGUGGCGCCAUGCUGGUGACGGCCUACUUGGCGUUUGUGCUCCUGGCGGCCCUCUGUGUGGGCCUGGAGCUCACCGCCCGCCGCGCCGCACCCCCUCAGCCCGCGCUUGCCGCCGUUGCCAACCCCGCCUUCCGCCGCUUCCAGAGCCUCUUCCUGCGCGCCUACCUCCUGGCGCUGUGGGCCGACUGGCUGCAGGGGCCCUACUUGUACAAGCUGUACCGCCACUACAACUUCCUGGAGUCCCAGAUUGCCAUCCUGUACGUGUGCGGCCUGGGCUCUUGCGUGCUCUUCUCCCCUGCAGCUGGGUGGCUCUCGCAGGUGCUGGGUCGGAGGCAGGCCUGCCUGCUCUUCUGCCUGGCCUACUCUGUCUGUUGCCUCACCAAGCUGUCGCGCGACUACUUCGUUCUCAUCCUGGGCCGCAUCCUCGGGGGCCUCUCCACCUCGCUGCUCGCCACCACCUUCGAGGCCUGGUACGUGCACCGCCACCUGGAUGUGCACGACUUCCCGCGGGAGUGGAUACCCAGCACCUUCGCCCGGGUGGCCAGCUGGAACCACGGGCUGGCGGCGGGCGCGGGGCUGGCGGCCAACGCACUCGCCGAGUGGGCGGGGCUGGGCCCAGUGGCGCCCUUCCUGCUGGCCGUGCCCUUCCUGGCAGCCUGCGGGUGGGUGGUGCUGUGGGACUGGGGGCAGGAGGAGGCGGAGGAAGGGGCAGGGGCCGAGAAGGGCACCCCCCUGCUGGGCACCCCCAGUGCCCCGCCCCCCACCCGUGUCUCGGCGCGGGAACGCUUCUCACGUGGCUGUCUGGAGGGGCUCCGUUGCCUGCUGUCAGACAGACGUGUCAUGCUCCUAGGCGGCGUCCAGGCCCUCUUUGAGAGUGUGCUCUACAUCUUCGUCUUCCUGUGGACCCCAGUGCUGGACCCCCACGGGCCCCCGCUCGGCAUCGUCUUCUCCUGCCUGAUGGCGGCCAGCAUGGCGGGCUCCGCCCUCUACCGCCUGGCCACGUCGGCACGCUACCGGCUGCAGCCGGGCCAUCUGCUGUGCCUGGCUGUGCUCCUGGCUUUCUUCUCCUUCUUCAUGCUGACCUUCUCCACAGUGCCGGGCCAGCCCAGGGCCCGCGAGUCCUUCCUGGCCUUCCUGCUGCUGGAGCUGGCCUGCGGGCUCUACUUCCCGGCCGUCAGCUUCCUGCAGGGCCGCGUGAUCCCCGAGGAGCGGCGGGCAGGGGUGCUGGCCUGGUUCCGCCUGCCGCUCCACCUGCUGGCCUGCCUGGGCCUGCUGGCGCUGCACGGGGAGGUGUCCGGGACGGGCGGGGGCGAGGCGGGCGGCGGCACCCGCCACAUGUUUGCAGGCUGUGCCGGGAUGAUGCUCGCCGCCCUGCUGGCCGUCAUCAGCCUCUUCACGCUGGGCCGCCACGAUGCUGACCUCCGGCUGGAGGGAACACGGGGGGAGGGGGACAUGUGAGGCCGGGGUGUGGAGGACUGGGAGUACCCUUGCCAUUGUCUCACUGCAGAUCCACACGGAAAAAAGGACAAAAAGUAGGCUAUUCUGAAAUGUGGCAGGACACAGUCUGUGUGCAGUAUAAUAACAGGAUUAGCGGGUCAAACAAUAAAGCAUUUUUCACAAAUAGGGAAGGGCUGGUGCU